AUGGCAUCUGUUGCUGCCUGGUUACCCUUCGCUAGAGCUGCUGCCAUCGGUUGGGUCCCCAUAGCGAAUAAUCCUCUACCAGCGCCUCCGGUGACCAAAGAACAGCGGAAAAAAGAGGAUGAGAAGUUCAUCAUCAACGUGAGUGGGAGACGGUUCGAAACGUGGCGGAACACCGUGGAGAAAUACCCGGACACUCUGCUUGGCUCUAACGAGCGUGAGUUCUUCUACGACGAAGAAUCAAGGGAAUACUUCUUCGAUCGGGAUCCCGACAUUUUCCGGCACAUCCUCAAUUACUACCGAACGGGGAAGCUGCACUAUCCCAAGCACGAGUGUCUGAUGUCGUACGACGAUGAGCUCGCCUUCUUCGGCAUCAUCCCAGACGUGAUCGGAGACUGUUGUUAUGAGGACUAUCGCGACAGAAAGCGCGAAAAUGCGGAAAGACUCAUGGACGAUCGCAUGUCCGAGGUAGAUAAUCAGCUGGACUUGAGCAGGUGUACGAUGCAGCAGAAAAUGUGGCGGGCCUUCGAGAACCCGCACACGGGCACCGCAGCGCUCGUGUUCUACUACGUGACGGGAUUUUUCAUCGCAGUGUCGGUCAUGGCCAACGUGGUGGAGACGCUACCCUGUGCGAUGGACUACGCUACCGGCGAACGCCGGUCCUGUGGCUCCAACUACAAGGUGGCUUUCUUCUGCUUGGACACCGCCUGCGUUAUGAUCUUCACGGCCGAGUACUUGCUGCGGCUGUACGCGGCACCGGACAGGUGGAAGUUCAUGCGGAGUGUUAUGUGCAUCAUCGACGUGGUGGCCAUCUUGCCCUAUUACAUAGGGCUGGGCAUCAAAGACAACGACGAUGUGUCGGGCGCUUUUGUCACGCUCCGUGUGUUUCGUGUCUUCCGCAUCUUCAAAUUCUCCCGCCACUCUCAGGGCCUAAGGAUUCUAGGCUACACCCUGAAGAGUUGUGCUUCUGAACUAGGUUUCCUGGUAUUCUCACUGGCCAUGGCCAUCAUCAUCUUCGCGACGGUUAUGUUCUACGCGGAGAAAAAUGUUGAGGAUACCACUUUCACCUCCAUUCCUGCAGCCUUCUGGUAUACCAUUGUCACAAUGACUACAUUGGGGUGA